AUGCAUACUGUAAACAUCAAUGUGUUUUACUUACUUUUGUUUUACUUAUUUAUUGUUUUACUUAUUUAUCAGGCUAGAACCGAACACGAAAUUAAAGAAUGGCUGUUCCGCGAAGGCGUCGCUUGUAAUAAAGACUUUCCUAUAACUCCGGAUGAGAUGAUGAUGCUGAAAGACAACAAAUUACCUGAUUCUACGAACGCUAAAUGUUUGAUUGCUUGUAUUUUUAAGAAAACUGGUAUGAUCGACAGCAAAGGAAUGUUCGAUCCAGAUAAAUCAAUAGCAAUGACCGAAAAAGAUUUCGCUGAUAACCCGGAAAAAUUGGCAACCUCCAAGAAGCUUAUGGAAGCCUGCAGGGGCGACUUCCAAACUUUGUUCGGGUUGUCUUCCAGUCUAACUGGAUGUAGCUUAGAAUGUACUAGUGAACAGUGUGUGACCUACAGCAGCUUACUGAAAAUGUUUUACCGUUUUCUAUUAUGUUUUUAUUUCAUCGAAUUUUAUGGAACUCAUGCUGGCAGAACUGAUUCCGAAAUCAAAGAAUGGUUCUUUCGAGAAGGCGCGGCAUGCAACAACGAACAUCCCAUAACUGCUGAAGAAAUGAUGAUGUUGAAAGAAAACAAAUUACCCGACUCUCCUAACGCUAAAUGUAUGGUUGCUUGCAUUUUCAAGAAAACUGGUAUGAUGGACAGCAAGGGUAUGUACGACGCAGCAACUACGAUAUCAAUGAUGGAAAAGGACUACGCAGACAAUAAGGAAAAGCUGGAGAGUUCCAAGAAACUUUUGGAAUCCUGCAAGAAUGUGAACGAUCAAGCUGUUACCGAUGGCGAUAAAGGCUGUGACCGAUCCGUGUUUAUAUUUAAAUGUUUGACAGAAACUGCUGCUAAGAUGGGUAUCGAACUACCAUAA